AUGCUGCGCCGGCCGCCCGCCGUCGCAGCGUCCAGUCGCGGCUGCAACGUCAUCGGCGGGCCCAAGCAUGCAGGCGCAGCGGCGCGCUGGCGCGACGCCGCCGCGCCCCCAGUCGGAACUGCAGCAGCUGGUGCAGCAGCCACAGCAGCAGCAGCGGCGCUGCUGAUCGCCGGCCCCCUCUCGCCUCACGCCGCUGCUGCCGGGGCGUUGCAGCCGCUGUUCCCCGGCGGCCCAGAGCCGAUACCCCGCCAGACGCCCCCCGGCAGCGGCCCCCACAACCCGUUGCUGCGCCUGCCACCGCCGCCCCCCGCCGCGCCCGCGCCGCUGGCGCCGCCGGCGCCCGGCGGGGGCUCGGCGCAAGGGGGAGAUGGCGAGGGGGGACGCCAGGCGUGCCCCGGCGACGGUCCUGGCGGCGGGGGCGGCGGGGGCGGCGGCGCGGGUGAGGCGCUGGGUGACCAGAUGAGGCAGCUGCAGAAAGGGCUGACUAAGCCCUGCUAG